AUUCGAUUGAGUCGAAUUAAAAUCACAGAACACUGAUUCUAAUCGUUAAUUGUCAUAAAAUUGUCAUUGAUCGGCUGUCACUUUCUACAGUCUAUCAAAUUACUUGUGAUGAUGCUGGAACCGUGGAAUGAUCUAUCAGUUUUGCCCCCUCCGGUACAUACAUCACAACCACAGUCAUCCUGCAUCGAUAUUGAUGAGCUGAAAGAUAUAUGUAAUAAUAUAAUUGCAUUCUUAUCAAAACAAUCACCAUUGCAUGAGGAGAGUGCACUUUUAUCCAGAUUCAUAUAUAAAUUUGAUAAAAAAUUCAGAAAUGAUAUAGGAUACAGAAAUCUCAAGAAAGUCUACACUGCUCUCCGUAGAUAUUUGAAGAUAAAUUUAUUGAAAGAUGUUGAAUAUUUUUCCUCUACACUUCCACAGAGUGACGAGCCAUAUUUGCCAACACGUCAAAUGUUGGAGUAUGUAUUGAUUCGGAUAAUGUCAUUUUCAAAGAUAAUGUUUAGAAUAUGUAUAUGUUCUAAACAGGCUGCAAUUUUUUAUAUGGACAGGUUAAAGAGAGGGGAGAGUCAUUGGAUGUCAUUGAUGCCUUAUGCACUACUAAGCAGAGUAUGGUCUAUAUGUAUGGUAUUACUUGAACAAGCAUGUUCUUGGUAUUCUAAUUUAUACAAAUACCUUAAUAAAUUGCAGUUGAAGGGUGUGAUUUUUUUACCAGCAGCCUAUGAGCUGCCAGUUAAUAUAGAAGUAUGGAUUGACUUACAAAAUAUUGAUUGUUAUGGCAGAUUUGAUUGGUCUGAAAAAAGACAUUUGACAAUAGAUUCCAACUUGGUUGAAGAUGAUGGGGAAACUUUUGAUAGCAUAUUAGAUUAUGUGAAAGAGGUAAAUGAUGAAACAUUUGAAGAUAUAAAUAAACAGCUGAUACCAAAUCUUCAAGAAAUGAAGCCAUUAUUAAUUGAAACUUGUAUGUCUCAGAGUAUUGACAUGGGUGAGUCAGUAUCAAGGGAAUACUUUAAGUCUUUUUUUAAUCCUCAAACAAAUGAUAAAAAGUUAAACCAUUCUGCUGACAAGGUGACUAACAAGGCCACAUUACAAACAUUUUUAGAAGCAGAGGAGACAUAUAGGAAUGAAAGUGACAAUAAAUCAUUAACCAAACAUCUCAGUUUCAUGCAGUGGCAAAGUUUAAAAAAUUCUUUGCUUAAACUUAGUGACUCUUUAGCUAAGAACAGAAAAAUAGAAAGAAAAUUUCAAAGAAUAUGGCAAGAGAAAUGUUUAGAUUAUGUUUAA